AUGGGGAAAUUAAUUUCCACAUGGGUUGGAUUGUUUUUGAUGAUACUUGUGUUUACCAUAUGGAUAGCAGAAUGCCGAAAACUUGAGAGGGAGACCCUGGGAGUUGGUAUUGGUGGAGGUGUUGGUGGUGGUAUAGGAAUUGGAAUUGGAGGUGGUGGUGGAAUAGGUGGAGGUAUUGGUGGUGGAAUAGGUGGAGGUAUAGGAGGUGGAAUUGGUGGAGGCAUAGGAGUUGGAGGUGGAGCUGGCGGUGGAAAAGGUGGAGGCCGAGGACAUGGAGGCGGUGCUGGUGGUGGUUCUAAGGGUGGAGGACAUGGAGGUGGAAGUGGAAGAAGUGGUGAUGGUGGCGGCGGCUAUGGAGGUGGAAAAGGAGGAGGGGGAUUUUAG